CGUUGCGCAGUACCAAAAAAGUUUUUGAGAUGGGCACAGUUUUAAUAAUUGUUGGCGUUCCACUGAUCCUGUGUUUGAUGGGCGCGGCUUGUGGCCUACCAACAAUUUCAACCACCACACCAGAAACUCAAAAAAUUGAUUUGGGGAGUAAUGCCACAACUAGAAUAAGCCCUACUGACUCAUCGACAGCUACAGAAAUCACAACUCAGUCAGUUAAAACCACCACUGCAAUAUCAGAUGGGAAUGGUCAGUGCCAAUCUGCAUGGCAAAAGUUCCUGAUCGAUUUUAAUGUACACUACGAGAACGAUCUCGAGCGACAAAAGCGAAACAUCAUCUUCUGCAAAAAUUGGAAAAAUGUUCAGAACCACAAUUCGCAAUACGAAUCAGGACUCGAGAGUUUUAGAAAGGGUAUUAACCAGUGGAGUGAUCUUACCAUUGAAGAGUGGAAGGAGAAACAACGCCCCCAGCUCAAGCCGAAAAUUUCCGAGACUGAUCUCACCAUAGAAGCCGGUGAAGAUGUGAGAGACAAUAAGAAUUGUCAGGCUGCCUGGGACAAGUUCCUAAUUGAAUUCGGAGCGAAAUAUUACGAUGCUGCUGAGACCGAGAGACGCAAAGAUAUUUUUUGCGACAACUGGAAAGCGAUUCAGGUGCACAAUUUGCAAUACGAACUGGGGGUCGAAUCCUUUAAGAAGGGUAUAAAUCAGUGGAGUGAUCUUACCAUUGAAGAGUGGAAAAACAAACAGCGACCUAGUCUUGCUCCAGAAUUUUCUAAAAUUCAGUUCAGUACUGAAACGUCCAAGAAUGAUCAAGAUAACACUAAAUGCCAAGAUGCCUGGGAAAAGUUCCUGAUUGACUUUGGAGCGAAAUAUGAAGAUGCUGCUGAAGGAGAGAAACGCCAACAAAUCUUUUGCGACAACUGGAAAGCUAUUCAGAAACACAAUGUGCAAUACGAUUUGUGGGUUGAAUCCUUUAAGAAGGGUAUAAAUCAGUGGAGUGAUCUGACCAUUGCAGAGUCGAAAAACAAACAACAACCUAGUCUUGCUCCAGAAUUUUCUAGAGAAAGAACAAAGUCUGGAUGAGGACCCCUGGGAAAAGUUUUUGACCGAUAUGCGCGAUGAUUCAACUUUUUGACCUGAAACACCUAACAACUCGAACUUAACAGCAACUGCAGUAAUUCCAGUAUUUUUAUCGAACUACUUAUAAAUAGAGUAACACGCCCAAAGAGAUAACAUUACUAAUUUUGGGUUGGUUUUUAAAAAUA